AUGAAUCGUCCGGAGUUUCUCUGGUCUGCUCCAAAGUUUAAGACGAUGGACUUUGGAGGCAGCCCUGAAGUAUGCUUUCUCGGACGGUCGAACGUUGGGAAAUCUUCGCUGCUAAAUACGCUCUUGUGUAAAAAGAUAGCACACGCGAGUUCGAAACCGGGCCGAACAAAAUUGAUGAAUGCUUUCGCUGUCGGAGGCUCAGAGGAUGACAAGACAAAUCAGAUUGUGGUGCUGGAUAUGCCUGGCUAUGGAAAGGGGGGAAGGGCAGAGUGGGGCAAGGAGGUUCUCAAAUACCUAGGGAAAAGGCGUCAGCUGAAGAGAGCAUUCUUAUUAAUUGAUGCUGAGCAUGGAAUAAAGGUCACCGACAGGCAGCUUUUGGCCCUCUUUGAGGAGCACCAAGUGCCAUAUCAGAUCAUCUUGUCGAAAGCGGACAGGGUGCUUUUCCCUGGGAGUAGGACGCCCAGCCCCACUGCUCUGGAGGGUCGGAUUGCAGAUCUGCGAAGGACAAUGGAGACUGUGAAGGAUGCCAUCCAGCCUAGUCCCGAGCACGGUGCAUACGGGGUGGGAGAGGUUAUUGCCUGCAGUUCUGACAAGUGGAUUGAUGGCAAGAGAAUGGGGAUCGAUGCUGUCAGACACGCCGUGCUUCAGGCCGCUGGGAUGGAGUUUCAACCAAGGAUCAAAAUGGUGAAGCCAAUGGAUAUUAUACCGCACGAGGAUAUAUUCCGAUGA